AUGGUCAAAUUCUACCUCAAAAUCAAAGCUGAACUCGCUGGAGUCACCGAUCUCGAGCCUGUCGACACGUCCGAGGCCCACCACGAAUAUACCUUCAAAAUCGAGUGCACCAAGUGCAGAGAAGUCCAUGAUAAGCCAGUGAAUAUCAACAGAUUCGAGAAACACGAUAUCUCCGGAUCUCGAGGCGAAGCCAGUUUCGUGUUCAGAUGCAAAGGAUGCAAGCACGAGCACCUGGCGCUGAUUGAAAGAACCAAAGAGAAGGUACAAGCUGGAAACAGCAACAAGUGGACUAACUUGCUUGAAAUCGAUGCCCGAGGCAUUGACUUUGUGGAGUUUAUUCCAGAAGGCAGGUGGCAGUGUGUGGGGGAAGAGCUGGGCACGAAGUUCGAGGAAGUGGACUUGGAAGAUGCAGAAUGGUACGAUUAUGACGAUAAGCAGGGAGAUGAGGUGAGUGUGACUGAGGUUCAGUUUGACAUUCUGCGUGCCUAA